GUUACCACCUAUUUCGAAGUAGUAUCUACCAUGAAUGUAGCAUUCAAUAGAGCUAUUGCUCGACCAUCAGCAAAGCUUUUUGGACGGGUAGGACUUCGUGGAUACGCAGUUGCGACGAAGGAUUCCGUAGAAUUGCCAAUUCGUCUUUAUGGUUUAGACGGUAAUUACGCUGUAGCUUUGUUCACAGCUGCUCAAAAGACAUCCAAUUUGAAAGAAGUUGAUUCAUCUUUUCGUCAACUUGAAAAGGUCAUGAAGCAUGCAGAAUUACGAGAGUUUUUAGCGAAUCCUGCCUUGAGAAAAGAAGAUAAGUCAUUAUUUGUGAAAGAAAUGACUAAGUUAUGUGGGGAUAACAAGGUUUUUAGCAACUUUCUGCAAGUUCUCUCAGACAAUAAUCGGCUCUCCUUGUUACAGAAAAUCUAUUUGAAGUUUCAUGAAUUAAUGAAAGCAAAGAACAAUGAAGUUACGGUUACUGUGACUACAGCUACUCCUCUAGACGAACAAUCAAUGUUGCGACUUCAAAGGGCACUUUCAAAAUCCAGUUUCGUUAAAGGGAAGCUCGUGAUGAACAACAAAGUUACUCCUUCCAUCCUUGGUGGAAUUGUUUUGGAAAUUGGAGACAUGAUUGUUGAUGCAAGCAUUCAAUCCAAGGUUACUAAACUUAACCAAGCUCUGAACGAAUCAAUCUAAGUUAAGGAAACUCAAAUGCUUCACGUUAUGAUCUGAAUGAAUGAAAAUGAAGUUGACCUCAGCCCAGUAGUGUAUAAAAGUAUAUGGAACAAUAGCAACAUUAAUGAAGACGGUGAACUUUUUAAAUGAGUUGCCGUGUUGUUUUCUGCUACUUUAACAUCGCUCUCGCUCGUCAAUAGGUACUGUUUCUAAAUACCAUGUAUUUUGUUACUAGAUAUUAAGCUUAUUUACUUAUUAUUAUAUAGAAGAGAGGUGUUUUCCAUAAUUUUCCCCACGUUAUAGGCAGGCAAUAUAUAUUCAUUUUCAUACUAGUGUAAUCAAUUGUGUUCGCGU